CUGUGGGAUGGAUUACAGGCUGAGCUGACUCUCCUGUCCUGUUGGACCAGCCAAAGGAGACCCUGGUAGCAAAGAGACUGGGAAACAAGGAACUGCAGGUUGGCGCAUUCAAGAAAUCUGAACUAAGGGGCUUUCUGGAGAUCUUGGAGCUCCUGCUGUUCUAGCUCAUAAUUUGUCUUUUUCACAGGCUAGGACACAACACAGGUUGAACCAUGGCUUUGAUGUUGGUCAAGUUUGAUCUGAAGAAGCGAGUAAAGCUCGCUCAGACUGUCUGGUUCAUGUACUGGUUCGCAGUAAUGGCCGGCGUGCUGGUCUUCAGCAUGGGCCUGUUCUUUAAGAUCGAGCUGCGAAAGCGCUCAGAACUUAUGGACAACAACGAGAGCCACUUCUUGCCCAACCUGCUUAUACUUAUGGGUCUAAUAGCCUGCGGCAUCAACGCCUUGGGAGGCAAAAUCUGCUACGACUCACUGGACCCUUCCAAGUUUGUCAAAUGGAAGCCCAUAUUGAAGACCUUCUUGAUGGUCUGCAUAGGAUUCAACGUCUUGCUGUUUGUGACGGGCCUGCUGUGUUUCUUGAUGAGGAUCCCUCUGCAGUUCACCCUGGCCGAGGGGCUGAGGAACGGCAUGAAGUUCUACAAGGACACGGACACACCCGGACGCUGCUACAUGAAGAGGACCCUGGACCUGAUGCAGAUGGAGUUUCGCUGCUGCGGAAAUGACAACUACAGAGAUUGGUUUGAGAUUCAGUGGGUUAGCAACCGCUACCUGGACUUCAGCGCAAAGGAAGUCAAAGACCGCAUCGGCAGCAACGUGGAUGGCCAGUAUCUGAUGGAUGGAGUCCCGUUCAGCUGCUGCAACCCCAGCUCCCCCAGACCCUGCAUCCAGUUCCAGAUGACCAACAACACUGCCCACUACAGCUACGACCAUUACACAGAGGAGCUCAACGUGUGGAGGCGCGGCUGCCGUGAAGCCCUGCUGUCCUACUACGGAGGCCUGAUGAACACCAUCGGAGCCAUGGUGGUGCUGGUCACUCUGCUGGAGAGUGCUGUGACCAUAGGCCUGCAGUACGUGGACAGCUCCCUGUCCACCCUGGCUAACCCGGAGGACCCAGAGAGCGAGAGCGAGGGCUGGAUCCUGGAGAAGACAGUGAAGGAGACGUUCACCGACAUCAUGGACAAAAUGAAGGCGAUGGGCAAAGGCAGCAAGGUGGAGGAGGGGGGUGAGGCAGCGGCUGCCACGGUGAGCUGA